UCUCUUCCCCAUAUGCACAAAAAAAGGGAGAAAACAAGAGGAGAGGAAGAUGGACGGAAGAGGAGGAGGCUGCUGCGUCGCACGGUACGCCGGAGGCGCCUACGUUGCAUCAUCGAAGGUCGACCGGAUAAUGCUUAGAUUUCGGCCGAUUGCUCCCAAGCCGGCAACCGGUGGGUCAGUUACCGGCGCGGCGGUGGAGAACAAUCCCUCCGUCGACGCCUGCGUCAGACGCGGCAGCCGAGCCAAGCGCAGGUGCGUCAGAGACAGCAAGCGCAGCAGCAAGAAGCGAAGGGCAUUUUCGGGAGAGGAAAAAGAGAAAUCCGACGUGGCAUUCGUGACGCUGCCGCUGCUGCCGGAGACUCCAGAAAGGAAAGAAUCUUCGCCGGAUCUGACGGCCCAGUACUUCCCGUGCUGGUUCGGUAAGCCCGGACCGGAUCCCGGCGUGCCGGUGGUGGCCCCGCAACCGGUCCGGCCAGUCGGGUCGUGGGUGACGCUGGAGCGCGUGACGGACACGUGCGGGGCUGGGCUGGUGAGUCUGGCGGAGGAGGAGGUGAUGAUGAGGAGCCUAGAGGAGGACACGUGUCCGGGAUUCGUGACGGACGGUUGGGAUCGGGUGACAUGGACGAACGAGGCGUAUCGGACGAUGGUAGGGGGAGAUGGGGAGGUUGUAGUCGGGCUGGUGAUCAGAGAGAGGGUGCCCGAAACGUUACGGGCGUUCUCGUGCCGGGUGAGGGUGCAGUACACGUGUCGGAAGGAGAGGAACUCGAUGACAGUCCCUUGUGAUGUGUGGCGGAUGUUGGAUGGGAAGGGUUUCGCUUGGAGGUUGGACGUCAAAGCAGCCCUCAGCUUGGGAAGAUAGAUAGUAUCCGAUACCCGAAAUAGAUCAAAAAAGGAGUGGCAGAAUUGUAAAUAUUUUUUAUUCUGAGGUUUGUUUUUAUGAUAUGAUUAUAUAUGAAUAGUAUUUUGUUUAA